GUCGAAAGGAAAUAAAAAAGGUAUAUAGUUUUUUAUGAUUAGAUAUUUAAGGUAAAUAUAAAUUUACAAACUUUUUACAAUUUUGAACGAUAUAAAAUGAACAAGAAAAAGGUUUUAACUGAAGAAGAAAAGCGUUUUGAGGCAGCUGUACAGCAGGAAGUAGACCUUUCAAGGCUUCAACGACGAUAUGAAAUUCUGGAAAGAAACAGGAAUGAACGCAGUAACACACGACAAACCAGGCAAAAUAAAGUCAUCCAGAUAUUUAACCGAGAAAACAGAAAUAUUUUAAUAAAUCUUAAAGUAGCCACAGCCCCAUGCAAACGCAAGGAAGACAUCAGGGCCCAAAACGAGUUAAACGACGUCUUGCAAAGUUACGAUGACUACUCCGCAAAAAUAAAACUCAUGAAGGAAUACUUGGAGGAACUCGAUAGGCAAAUUUAUUUAAGGCAACGUGAUGUUUUGGAGUUGGAAGCGAAACAGACAACUGAUAGGCAGUUUUACGAUAGAGUAGCACUAGCUAGAACCACUUUGGAAAAAUUAGAAAACAAGCUUGAAGUCUGGAUGAAGAAAUUUGGAACCACUUGCUAUGAAAAUAGAAUGUUGAGAGAUAGGAUCAAUAGUCUCAUGUGUGAAAGAACAAGAUUCAACGAGGUUUGGACAAAGCUUAUAAGAAACUUAACAACCGGUAAAAAGUUCAUGCUUGAUCUUAUUGAACAAGCUACCAUAGCUUACGAUCAAAGAGAAGAAUGGGUAUCAAAACUAUCGAUGGUAAGAAAAAAAGCUAGAAAUCAGCUUUUGAAGCAACUGCAUGAGAUGAGGGAACUGGAGAGAAAAAAGGAUAACGAUACGAAGUUGAAGAAUUUUAUUUUGUUUAAAAAUGCUAGACGUUUGAUGGUGGAUUUGGAGUUAAGAGAAAUGAAUAAAAGGAGACGUAGAUGGGCAAACUUGGAACUAAAAGUUGAGAAUUAUAAAAAUGUUAUCGAUCAAAUACACGAAUUUAUGAAUGAAGAAAAUGAUAUCAAUAUAGUAAAGCAUUACUUGCACAUCGAACAAGAAAAUUUCGCAAUGUUUCUGCAAUUAGUGGACGUAAAUAAGGAGAUGGAACGAAUGAACGAAGAGAUGUUUGAAAACCUCGUAGAGAUCGAUCGUCUUAGAGUUGUGCACGAUGCAAGACAAGAACAACAAGAUAAUAGAUUGGAAGAAUUAAAAAUAAACGUCGAAACUGCACAAUUAAACACUAAGUCGUCUCAAGAUGAAGUGCACAAAAUCGACGCUUACUUGCAGCAAAUUUUGAAUGGGGUUUUUAGAUUGUUUAACGUUUUAAAGUGCGAUAACAAGCCGAUGUUAGCUUUGUUGGGAAAAAAUGAAAAGGUACAUUAUUACAACAUACUAAAAUACUUAGAGAUCAUGGAGCAAGUCGUGCAGGAGAAGAUGUUGACGUUGAAUUACGUCGAAAGAUCUCUUUUGGAUAAGAAGAAGAUCAAAAGGCAACAGCUUAUACUUCGUGAAGAUAACCUCAGAACUACGAUACUUGGCAUUACCGAUAUUGUUAAAACAAACCCUUGCCCCUUGUGCUUUGAAAACGAUAUUGUGCACGAUGUUAUAGAUACUCUUCAAAAAGUCAUGACGAAACAGCAAGCCACAGAAGAAAUGGAACGUUUACUUUCUUUACCGGAUAGUCUGGAAAGAUCUCAUAAUGUAUCACAUUGUCACCUACCCAAGUCCAGAGCCAUAAUGCAGAAGAGGUAUCAAUGAUGAUGUGUAUUUUGUUUUAAUAAAGGUUUACAG